CAUAUGCUAUCUUGCGCCUUUCGGAACGAAAUUUAAUUAUCUCUUCUCGUUCGCAGUCGAACAGCUAAAAUCGUAAAAAUUUUUUCGUGAAUUUUCACUUCCCAUUCUGCAUUAAAGUAAAGUAGUGGUGUGUGUUGAUAAUCCAGGCAAAGUUUUACUAAAUUUUCUCGGCCGAGCUAAAUUUUUUUUUGUUUUAAUCCAAUUUAUUGUAUGAGUCAAAAAAUUGAAAGACCAGUACUAUCAGGUCAGCGCAUAAAGACCAGAAAAAGAGAUGAAAGAGAGAAAUAUGACCCAACGGGAUUCCGUGAUGCGGUCAUUGCUGGUCUCGAAAAAACUGAAGGUGACUUGGAACAAAUCUCUAAAUAUUUAGACAGCGCUGGUAACAAACUUGAUUAUCGUCGCUACGGCGAAGUACUAUUUGAUAUAUUAAUUGCUGGUGGUCUCUUAGUUCCGGGAGGAUCAAUCUCUCAGGAUGGCGAGAAACCCCGCACAAGUUAUUGCAUAUUCGAAGCAAAUGAAGACAUUGAGACGAUGCGCAGCCAUGAGCAGGUAUUCGUCAAGCUCAUGCGUCGAUAUAAGUACUUGGAGAAGAUGUUCGAAGAGGAAAUGAAAAAGGUGUUGGUAUUCAUUAAAGGUUUUACUCCGAGUGAACGCACCAAACUUGCGCGUAUGACAGCGCUCUGGUUAGUUAAUGGUUCUGUGCCCCCGAAUGUUCUGUUGGUAUUGAACAACGAGCAUUUAAUUAAGGAUGGCAUUGCUAUCGACUUCCUUAUCGAGGUAUUUGUCGCUUUCAAACAAGAGAAGGGCAUUUCAUAUCUGGUACAAGCUCUCAAAAAGGGUGGACUUGAAAGCAAAUUAAUGGACUUUUUCCCACCAAACAAACGUACUGAAGAAUAUUUAAAACAAGUUUUUCUUGAAAAGGAUCUUACCGAAAUCAUAAAAUUACACAAAGCACAGGCCAGUCAAGAGGCCAAGCGUGAACUCCAACAAACGCUUAUCGAUGAUAUCAAUGACGAAAAAGCACAUUCAGAGAUCACGGCAGACAUUAAAGAAUUCGCACAGCGAAAUAACAUUCCCGAUCACGAGAUUAUAAUCAUUAUUUGGUCGACUAUAAUGUCGCUCGGUGAAUGGAACAAGAAGGAAGAGUUGGUCACCGAUCAGGCGGUACGACAUCUCAAAGGCUAUUGUCCAUUGCUGCAGGCUUUUGCCUCAACAGAUCGCUCUGAGUUGGCCCUGAUAUUGAAGGUACAAGAGUUCUGUUAUGAAAACAUGAACUUCAUGAAGGCCUUCCAAAAGAUCAUAUUGCUAUUCUACAAAACUGAAGUAUUAUCAGAAGAGAGCAUACUCAGAUGGUACAAAGAUGCCCACUCCAGUAAGGGUAAAAUGCAUUUCCUGGAACAGAUGCGAAAAUUUGUCGAAUGGCUGCAAUCUGCUGAAGAAGAAUCUGAAUCCGAAGAUGAACAAAAGCCACAAAGCAAUGGUGAAUAACAUAAUGACUCGACGGGCAUUAUAGAUUGGAUAGGGUCUUAAAAAGCAGGCAUGCAAACAAAUAAACUGAAUAGAACAGCGUUACAUCGUGUUUCUCUUAGAGUAAAGUUCUAGUUAAAACAUGAAGAUUAAAAGUAACCAACCACCUCCACCUCUUCCUGCUCCUACAAACAACGACAUUAGGGCGACGACAUCAUAAGCUGGCAGAUAACCAUAUAAAUUCAUUAUAAUCUACACAUGUAACAUCAAGUAUACAUAUACUAUACAUACAUAUAUACACAGCAUAUAAAAUGAAUCAUUUCUCACAUCAUAGGAAAAUGUUUACAAAUAUGUUCUGAACAUACAACAAAUGGAAAAAAGCAAUUAAAAUAUACUAUAUUAUACAUUAAAAUACAUGUCUAUGAAAAAAGUUAUAAGUGAAAAGAAAUCAACAACUACUAAUACUAUCAGUAUGUAGUGUGGCCAAUCCACACAAAAAUCUUAAAUAUACAGGCAUAUGUACGUAAUGACACCAAGUUUUAGCUAAAAAGCGAAACAUCUAAAAACUGACCCCAAAAUAAUAUAUCACGUUUUAGGGCGAAACAACAGGUAGAUAAGCGUAAUUUAUGUUACAAAUACAUGACCCAUGUGUUGAGUCAGAUGAACAAACAAAAGAAAAAAGUAAGUGCAUGAAAUCUUUUGGCCAUACAACAACAAAAAAAUUCGAAUUUUACGUGCGCCGCUUUCAUUUUUUAUAAUCUAUGCAUAAUUGAUUUUAAUUGCCAAAUGACAAGUUGAGGCGUGUUACUGGCCCGACGAAAAUUAACAUUACAAGUACUAUAUACAUAUAUAAUAUUGGGAGACGCGCAUGCAUUGAUCCCGGGAAGCCAACAAAACAACCAACCUAGUAAUAGCAAUGGCCAUCUUUUGCCGGAUGAGGUAGGGCAACAAAUAUUAAACAAAAACGAUACGAGAAGUAGGGAAGAUAAAAGUUGUAAAAUAUACUACGUAUUAAAAAAUGAAAAUUGCUAUUUAUGUGUAAAAGAUUAAUCGAAUAAAAAAAUUUUAAAAAGUCUUUGAAGGUUAGCAACAUGACGAUGGAAUUAAAUACAAUUUAAUUAAUGUACUAUUAAGAGCAAGUAUGUGUUUAUCAUAAACAUAAAUUAACAAACAAUAUAUACAUAUUACAAAAAGGUAAUAAAAUGUAAACAACGGGAUACAAGGAGGUAA